UAUAUAUAUAUAUAUAUCUCUGUCUCUCUGUCUCUCUCUCCAAAAGAAAGAAAAUGCCUAGGGAUAGGGACCCCCUUGUUGUUGGACGAGUGGUUGGUGAUGUUUUAGACCCCUUCACAAGGUCUGUUUCUCUAAGGGUGACCUACGGUACUAAGGAGGUUAACAAUGGUUGUGAGCUCAAACCUUCUCAAGUUGUCCAACAACCUAGAGUUGAUAUUGGUGGCGACGAUCUCAGGACUUUCUACACUCUGGUCAUGGUGGAUCCUGAUGCACCCAGCCCAAGUGACCCCAACCUAAAGGAAUAUUUGCAUUGUACGAAGAGUAAUUUGCCAGCGAGGUUGGUUACCGAUAUACCAGCAACAACUGCGGCAAGCUUCGGGCAAGAGAUAGUGUGUUAUGAAAGUCCACGGCCAACAGUGGGGAUUCAUCGCUUUGUUUUGGUGGUGUUUCGCCAAUUGGGUAGGCAAACAGUGUACGCUCCGGGAUGGCGCCAGAACUUCAAUACCAGAGACUUCGCCGAGCUUUAUAAUCUUGGAUUACCGGUGUCUGUCGUCUAUUUUAACUGCCAAAGGGAGAGCGGCUCCGGUGGAAGGAGAAGAUAACUUUGAUAAUAAGUACGGGUAUAUAAUCUAUAGAUCAUGUUGUCGAAAUUAAACGAUAAUAUAUGUAGUCCGAAAAAAUAAUGAUUAUAUAUACUACUACUACUACAACUAUAGUAAUCAAUAAAAAUAAUUUAGCGUAGCUGGUUGGGGAUAUUACUAGCUUAGCUAGUCCAUCGAUGUGUAAGCACAGCUGGUAUAGCAUUUCGACAUGCUUGUUUGACAAUACAUACUUUUCUUUCCAA